AUGGAGACGAGUAAUAUCACCAACAUGAUGCCAUCACCACCAAUGUCGUCACCGGCCUCGCCUUCAUCCGAGCCACCUGCUGGCUUCCUUACUGUUCCUCUGGAGAUCCGUCUCCAAAUCUACUCCUACCUUCUCGAGGUUCCAGAGUUCUCCCCAUACACUCUCCCCUCGAAAAAGGCUCCUGUGGCCGGCGCUCUCCUGCGGACCAAUCGCCAGAUCAAUUGGGAGGCCACACCCUACCUAUACUCCCACAACACCUUUGUUGCCCACCCAUCUCUCCUCGCCUCAUUCCCACGCCUGCGUCCUAACGUCAGGCCCGUUUCGGAUUCUUACGCCAUCUCUCUCAUCCACCGCUUCCACCUCACUGUUCACCUGGACUGCGAUCUCCCUUAUGACGCCAAGGCUCUCACCGAGUCCUUCACCGGCGCCGAGGAGCUAACUCUCCACCUCGUCCAGUUUGGGUUCUGUGGCGUCGGCUAUGCAAACCUCCGCCAGUUCGAGGGAAUCCGCGGCGUCAAGCGUGUGAUCAUUGAGGGCAGCACGACAGGGUUCGAGGACUACAUCGAAUGGCUUCGAAAUACCAUGAUGAGCGAGCCGGAUUCGCCGAUUGAGGAGUUCAAGCACGAGCACGUAACCCUGACAGAUCGUCUGGCACGGGGUUACUUGGCCUAA